AUGACGCCGCAUCAACACAUCCAGGACCAAGUCUAUGCAGCAUCAAUCUCUGAUCCUGAGGCAUUUUGGAAGCGUCAGGCAGCUAAUCUUUACUGGCACAGAGAACCAUCGCAUGCAUUCCGGAAAACGACUAAAUAUCUGAAGAAAAGUAAUGUGACGCAUGAGCAUUGGGAGUGGUUUGCGGACGGCGAGAUUUCGACAACCUACAACUGCGUUGACCGGCACGUGGCGAAUGGAAAUGGAGACAACAUUGCCAUCUGCUGGGACAGUCCGGUAACGGGUCAAAAAGAGCAGUACACAUACAAGCAGCUGCUACAAGAAGUAGAGACACUUGCAGGCGUACUGCGAGAGGAGGGUGUAAGAAAAGGGGACGUCGUUCUCAUCUACAUGCCCAUGGUGCCAGCAGCUCUGUUUGCCAUGCUGGCCAUUGUUCGCCUUGGAGCCAUACAUGCCGUCGUCUUUGGCGGCUUCAGCUCGGCGGCACUGGCACAGAGAAUUGAAGCAAGUAGGCCCGUGGCCAUCAUGACAGCCUCGUGUGGGAUUGAAGGGACAAAGAAGCCGACUGGGUACAAGAGCAUGAUUGAGGGAGCGGUUGACAAGAGCAAAUUCAAACCAUCCAGAAUCAUUGUGUGGCAAAGAGAGCAGCUGAGAUGGGACCCAAUACUCAAGGAAGAUGGGCAGCGGAACUGGCAGCGGUUGGUCAAGAGUGCGAGAAAUCGAGGGCUCAAGGCCGACGCUGUACCAGUAAAGAGUGGAGAUGGAAUCUACAUCAUUUACACGUCGGGAACGACUGGGCUGCCAAAGGGCGUGGUUCGCUCGGCCGGGGGGCAUGCCGUGGGCCUCAAUUUUUCCAUCAAGUACCUCUUUAGCAUCCAUGGUGUAGGAGAUGUCAUGUUUACUGCAAGCGACAUUGGAUGGGUUGUCGGACAUUCGUACAUUGUCUACGCCCCGUUGCUAGCUGGCGCCACGACGAUCUUAUUCGAGGGAAAGCCAGUGGGGACUCCAGACGCGAGUACGUUUUGGCGAAUUGUAGAAGAAUACAACGUCUCGACCAUGUUCACUGCUCCAACCGCUCUGCGGGCGAUUCGAAGGGACGAUGGCGAAAACCACUUUUUCGAAGCAAGAGGCCAAAGGGGUGCACUAAAGACACUUCGAGCCCUAUUUCUGGCAGGGGAGAGAAGCGAGCCGAGUAUCAUUCGCAUGUAUCAGGAGUUGCUGACCAAACAUUGCGCUCCGGGCGCAGUGGUGGUAGAUAACUGGUGGUCAUCAGAGUCGGGUUCUCCCAUUUCCGGGAUUGCGCUAAGUGCUUCGUCAGGACUGGACUUUUCGUGUCAAGCGCGUCCAAAGCCGCUCACAAUCAAACCAGGCUCGGCAGGCAAGGCGAUGCCGGGGUUUGAUGUGCGGGUGGUGGAUGACAGUGGCAACGAGGUUGCGAGGGGCGAGAUGGGCAACAUUGUCAUGGCGAUACCUUUGGCUCCGACGGCGUUCAUGACGCUGUGGGAAGACGAGGAACGCUUCUACAAAGGCUACUUGAAGAGGUUCAAUGGCAAGUGGAUUGACACGGGAGAUGCGGGGAUGAUGGACGAGGAAGGGUAUAUUUCCAUCAUGGCACGCGCUGACGAUGUGAUCAAUGUUGCGGCGCACCGGUUCAGCACGGGCGCCAUUGAGCAAGCAAUCACGUCUCAUGGAUGGAUUGCCGAAGCAGCUGUGGUGGGGAUUCCCGAUGCUCUGAAGGGGCACUUGCCAUUUGCCUUUGUUACUCUGUCUAGGCACGACCAUCCGGAAUCGGCCGUGGUGGACGAGGGGCUAUUUGGCGAGGUCCAAGGGCUUGUACGGCAGCAGAUAGGUGCCAUUGCCAGCCUGGGAGGCAUCAUUCAGGGAAAGGGCAUGAUACCCAAGACGAGGAGCGGCAAGACGCUACGGCGAGUGCUGCGGGAACUGCUCGAGAACGCGACGCAUGGCGAGUUUGAAAAGGAAGUCGAGGUACCCAGCACGAUCGAGGACGGCGAGGCGGUCCAUGUAGCGAGGGAGAAGAUUCGUGAAUACUUUGAGCGAAGAGGAAAAGGGCUGCACCGCGCAACAGAAGCGCGUGCAAAGCUGUGA